AUGUCUCGCACAUGCGCAGCAGUAGUCAAAAAGAAUAAACUGAUACAUUCUUUUGAGAAUUUUAACACUUUAUUUACACGAGUAUCAGAUAAAGAAGGAAUUCGUUUUUGUUACCAUAAGAUGUCGUCCCCGAAAAAAGACGACAAAUUGUCGCCAUCAGAGGAAUCUAAAACUGAAAGUAGUGAUGCUGUAAAAGAAAGACUUCAAAGACCGGAGGACAAUAAUGAAGACAAUUCAGAAACAGUUCGGACCACUUCGUUCUCUGUGGCCGACAUCUUGGACCCUAGGAAAUUUACGGGAUGUUCGGUGACGGAAAAAUCUCGAGUUUGGACUCCGUGGAAAGACCGGAAGCGACGGCUGACAGACAGUGGCGAGAGCACAUCAGAUGACGACAGAACAGAGGGACCAGAAGGCACAGAGAUGGCUACCGACCUGUCUUGUAAAAGCAGAGUGGGAUCUGAAGCAGACGACGAAUUACGUCAAGAUGACGAAAUGGACGAUGAAGAUGAUUUGUUAAGUGACAAUGAAGACUGUUUGGACAAAAAAUGUAAAAAUUUUGACUCUUCAAAAGCGGGAAAACCCCGCCGAGCGAGGACAGCUUUCACCUAUGAACAAUUAGUCGCUUUAGAAAACAAAUUCAAAACAACCAGAUACCUCUCCGUGUGUGAAAGACUUAACUUGGCGCUUUCAUUGAACCUCACCGAAACCCAAGUCAAAAUCUGGUUUCAGAAUCGUCGCACGAAGUGGAAGAAGCAGAACCCGGGAAUGGACGUUAACAGCCCCACUGUGCCAGUUUCUUCCAGUGUCUCCACAUUUUCCUCUCCCUAUUCAUCUUUAUACGGACAGGGGCUCCACCCCUACCUACCUAGUCACAACCUGAUGGGGGCGCUAGGGCUCCUUCGCGCCCACCCCGCCUACGCCGGGCAGAAUCACCCUAUGUACUAUCCCUACCUCGGACAAAGUACGUAACAUCUGUCUAAAAAGGUGAAAAUGCAUGUUGUGGGAUAAAUGAUUCCUCUUUGAAGUGGUCCGGGUUCGUUUUUUUGGUUUUUAAACUAUUUGAACAAGAAAGAAGGAACCAUGAAAAUAUUUACAGCAUUAGUGACUUUGGUGACGCGCUGUGAGUGAUACUAUAGCUCCCCUAGGGAUCGAUUUUUGCUCUCGUGCAAAAGAACGGUAAACUAAUAUUUAAUAUUUAUUGAACAGACUCAUUAUAUAAUGACGAGUUGUCACGGAGAAAAUUUAUUAAUUGUACUGAUUUCAAAGUAUAGAUUUAUAUUUCCCUGUAUAUCUGUGCUAGUGAUAAUUAUAUUGUAA